UAGCUGCUACUGUAAACAUUUCACGUCUAAUUUAAGAGCACGCCCCCCCGUCUCUCUCUCUUUCUCUCUCUCGCUCUCUCUCUCCCCACCUGCGCACCAUCGCCGAGCCGGUGAUUCACGCUCUCCCCUUUUCAGACCGAUACACGGAUCAUACAGUAGGCUAGCAUACGGAUUGCCUCCAUUUUAACCUCCAAAAACUGACACGCAGGACGUUGGUAAAUUUCGAUUCAAUUUGCGAAUGUUUCCCGGCGUAUUUGCCUUGCGAUGGAAAUAAUUUAAUAGAAGACCCCAGGCUUGGCGAACCAGGAAUACGCGAUGCUGCGAUGCUGGACCCACCCGAUUUGAAUCUCUUGUUCUGCUAAAAAAAAAUGGGUAGACUCGAACUUGAAGCUAGAACAGCGCAUGCCCGGAUCGGCGAAAUGAUUUCAGCUGGAAUAUAAACAGCAAAAAAAGAAUUAAGAUUUGAUGCUUCAGACCUAAGCACACACACACACACACACACACACACCCACCCUCUUUUACCUUCUCUCUCUGUCUUACAUACACACACAUAAAUCUCUUUUUUUUCAGGUCUGGAAUACCGUAGACCUUAUGCAAAGAUACGCAUCGAAGGUCUGAAGCAGGAAGCUUCUCUAUCACUCUCAGUAGCUCAGUCAUUCACUUACAUACACUUUUGAACAAGUCACACAUACAGUGCAACACACACGCACACGCACACACACACACGCACACGCACACGCACACGCACACGCACACGCACACACAUACACAUACACACACACACACACACAGGUGCGCGCGCACACACACAUACAUAAUGGCUCUGGAGAACUCUGUCUUCACCCACCUCCCAGAAGCCCUCUCUCUCCCGGUAUCUGAGAAGGGGGAGGGGCCUGUUGCCGAGGAAACCGGUCCCGCCCCACCCGCUGGAGUGAUUGACGUAUCGGAGGAGCUGGGGCACGUGGUAACCACGGACACGGCCGCGCCCCCCGAGAAACCGGUGGCUCGGUCGUUCCAGUCCAAACUGGCUGCCCGCGAAGCCGAAGCGGCAGCCCGGCCGACCAGGAAGAAGAUCCAGCCUGGGACCGAGAAGGGCAAAUUCGGCUGGGGCCGCAGCAAGCGCAGAAGGCAGCGGUACGUGGAGAAGAACGGCCGCUGCAACGUCUCGCACGGAAACAUGAGGGAGACGUACCGCUACCUGACCGACAUCUUCACCACCCUGGUGGACCUCAACUGGCGCUGCUCGCUGUUCGUCUUCGUCAUGGCCUACGCCGUCACCUGGCUGUUCUUCGGGGCUAUCUGGUACCUGAUAGCGUACUGCAGGGGGGACCUGGACCACCUGGAGGACGAGACCUGGACGCCGUGCGUGAACAACGUCAACGGCUUCAUCUCGGCCUUCCUGUUCUCCAUCGAGACGGAGACCACCAUCGGGUACGGGCACCGCGUCAUCACGGACCAGUGCCCGGUGGGCACCAUGCUGCUGCUGCUGCAGGCCAUCCUGGGCUCCAUGGUCAACGCCUUCAUGGUGGGCUGCAUGUUCGUGAAGAUCUCGCAGCCGAACAAGCGGGCGGAGACGCUGGUGUUCUCGCGCAACGCGGUCAUCUCCCUGCGGGACGACCGGCUCUGCCUCAUGUUCCGCGUGGGCGACCUGCGGAGCUCGCACAUCGUGGGCGCCAACAUGCGCGCCAAGCUCAUCAAGUCCAAGCAGACGCAGGAGGGUGAGUUCAUUCCCCUGGAUCAGACGGACAUCAGCGUGGGGUUCGAGACGGGGGACGACCGCCUGUUCCUGGUCUCCCCGCUGGUCAUCUCCCACGAGAUCGACGCCCACUCGCCGUUCUGGGAGAUGUCGCAGGCUCACCUGGAGAAGGACGACUUCGAGAUCGUGGUCAUACUGGAGGGAAUGGUGGAGGCCACCGGUAUGACGUGCCAAGCUCGGAGCUCCUACCUGGCGGAGGAGGUGCUGUGGGGUCACAGGUUCAGUCCCAUGAUGUCACUGGCGGAAGGAUUCUUUGACAUAGAUUACGGGGCUUUCCACCACACGUUUGAGGUGGACACGCCCUCCAGCUCGGCCCGAGAGCUGUCAUUGGCCGCCGCCCGACUGGAGGCGCACCUCUAUUGGUCGAUCUCCAGCCGGCUAGACGAGGAGAAGUGGGACGGCCCCAACCUGACGGGCCAUUCGGAGAAGCAGCCCGGCAGCGGUUCGGCCAAUGGGAAGGGAGGCGUCGGGCCGACGUUCGCUCUGGGCGAGACGACAGAGACCCAGGACCAAUCAGGCCUAGGGGAGCAGAAUGGCAGUGUUACCACAGACCAAUCAGAGUCCGAAGCUUAAAGAAUGAGGAAGUGAAAUGGAGAGUGUGAAUACUUACUGAUCCAGAGCAGUCACGGCAAGCUUAUUUUAGCUAGAUUACAUAGUAUCUAUCAGACCUGGGUCAAAUGCGUAUUUGUUUUGGAUUCAAAUACUUUUCUACGCUUUACUGAUCUUGUGUCUGGUGUAUUGGAACCAAUGAAAUACUAUCAAAAAGUGCAAACUCCGCCUUCUAGUCAUAUUGGAAGGCUCAGUUACACCAGGCAAGAUCAAUGGAGCACAGAAAAGUAUUUGAAUCCAAAACAAAUACAUAUUUGACCCAGGUCAUAGUAUCUAUAUAAAACAAUACUUUAAUUACACAAGGAG